ACGAUAUCUGUGUGCGUUCUGCGUCUAUCAUGCCCGGUGUCUCAACGUUUUGUUGACGUUACAUGUGUGGAGUUAUAAACACGGUAAAGAAAAAUGGCAUUUUCAGAAGACCUGUUGGCUCAGAGGAACAAAUUACAGAACGAGAUUUUGGCUCUGGAGAACACUCUGGGCAGUGGCACUAACAUUGCAGACUUGCUAUCUUCAGAUAGUGACAGCGCUGAGGAGUCUGAUGACAGUGGACACGCAGGGGAGAAUGUUGCACACAAGGACCUGGAAGCAGAGCGACAGCAAAUACAAAGGGAGAUCGAAGAGUUAGAACGAACGCUCGGUGCAGACGCAGCUCUGGUUGACGGCCUGACAGACAGUGAACAUGGCAGUCUGCUGGAUUCAAAUGGCGAGGAUGGUGAUGACAAUUUGGAUAUUCCUCAAGAUUUGGAAACCUGUCUUCAGCUGAAUUUGGUUUAUCAGGAGGUGCUGAAAGAAAAAUUAACUGACUUGGAGAGGCUUCUUAAUGAAAAUCGUAAACAGCAGAAAGAACUUGAAGAGCAACUCUCCGGUCCUUCGUAUAUCCAUCCUGGCCUCCCUCAUCUCAAACUCUUCCUUGGCAGCUUUAUGAAACCUUAUUUCAAAGACAAGCUGACUGGUUUGGGCCCUCCAGCCAAUGAAGAAACUAAAGAGAGGUUGAGUUAUGGAACCAAGCCCUGUGAUGAAAUGAAAAUUAGAAGAUGGGAGCCGUGGCAUAAAACAUUGCUGAUCAACUCCGUGGUCACGGACACUAUGAAACGCAUGUUGCAGCCCAAACUGUCAAAGAUGGAGUACUUGACUGCAAAGAUGUCUAAAGCAGAAGAUGCUGAAAAAGGAGAGAUACAGAACCAAAUUACACUUUUAGAAAAGGACAUCGCAGAAAUAAGGUCAAUGAAAGAAGAUCAGCUGUAUGGGAAUCGCCAUGACGACCAUGAUUGGGACAAAAUAUCAAAUAUUGAUUUUGAGGGCCUUCGGCAACCUGAUGAUUUGAUGAGAUUCUGGCAGAAUUACUUGCAUCCCUCCAUUAACAAAUCAACGUGGAGUCAAGAUGAGAUUGCAAAGCUUGUGGAAGUUUCAGAAAAGUACAAGUGGUCCCAUUGGGAUCAAAUUGCAGAAUCUCUUGGGACUGGGAGGACAGCUUUCAUGUGUUUCCAGAUAUAUCAGCGCUACAUCUCUAAACGGAAGAGAGAGUGGUCUAAAGAGGAGGACCAGGUCUUCAGAGAGCUUGUGGACAAGAUGAGGAUUGGCAACUUCAUACCGUAUACUCAAAUAUCGUACUUCAUGAAAGGUCGUGAUAGUUCCCAGCUCAGCUACCGUUGGACAUGUGUUCUGGAUCCUUCGAUAAAGAAAGGACCUUGGACAAAAGAGGAGGACCAGUUAUUGCUGAAGGCUGUAAAGAAGUAUGGCUCCAAGGACUGGUGGAAAAUUAGAAUGGAAGUGCCUGGAAGGACAGACAAUCAAUGCCGUGAGAGAUAUCUGGAUUGCCUCCAAGCCGAUAUAAAGAGAGGAGCAUGGAGUGAUGAAGAAGUGGAACUGCUGAAAAAACUGGUGGAGAAACAUGGUGUUGGUAAAUGGGCUAAGAUCGCUGCUGAAAUGCCAAACCGGGUUGACAGCCAAUGUUUGAACAAGUGGAAAUGGAUGACACAGUCGGCUAAUAAAAAAGGUGUAAAGAGAGUAAGAAGGUCAGCAAAAAGUGAGCAGUUGAAGAGAAAGCGCGCGAGGCAAAACAAGCUCCAAAAAGUAAAAGAAGACUGCGGCGACUUUCAAACCGAAAGUGACACCUCAGAAGAUGAAGAGAUACAAGUGCCGUAUAUGGACAGCGAUGGUGAACAGGAAGUUGAAAACGUCCCUUCAGAUGAGGACUGUAAACUAGAGUAUGUCCAGCCAGACAUGAAGGAGUGGAUUCCUGCAUGUGGGGACAAACUGGUGCAUUUUCCAGGGAAACUGACGCUGAAAUUGGUACGGGUGCCCACUGAGGCGGAAGAGUGUGCCAGAGAUUGUAUACAAAACACCGUUUUGGACAGAAGGGGGAACCCUGUGAAGACUUAUGUUGGCAUGGAACCGCCUGCUUUACAAAACUUGAACUCUGGCAAAGAGCACGCCAUGAUCAUGGUGUCUGAAUGUGAUGUUAAACACUUGCUGAUUUGCAUGAGGGCAUCUGCCAUGAAAGUGCGAACACAAAAAAACAAAUCCAGAUUGUCUUCAUGUACAAAUCAGGACAAUGCCAAAAAUGAUGAAGCGGAGGAUAAGAGUGAAGUGAAAACCAAUCAGAGAAGAUGUAAACCUGUCCCCAAGGCUGUAACCGCCAUCCGACUGAACUAUGAUCUCAUGUUAGCCAUUACUCCAUGGAUUGGCAAUGUGUUAUUGCCUUUACCCUUCAAUGAGUGCCAGGUUUGCGAAGCUGACAUUGUUCAAAAAAGAGCAGCAGAUGUCCCGCUUCAAAAAACAUCUGUGUUUAUAUUUUUUCUGCAGGCCCUUAAAAUUGAUGCUGAUGCCUGCAGGAGAGUCAUUGAGGCCCGCAAAGACAGCAUGUCCUUGAGACCAGCACCUGAUUCAAGACCCUAUUCAGCCAGGAAACUUACUCCGGGUUCCUACCGUCGUGUUAAGGUCACCGUAGCAGAACUACUUCAAGAAAGAAAAGAGCAGAAGAAACAUUCUAGGCCACUGCAGUCCCCUGAGUUUUUAAAACCCCAGCUACUUCUACAGCCAGCCAAAAUUGUAAAUCCUCCAAUACCUCCGCAGCAAUGGAAAACAAAACAGGUCAUGCAGUCUGCUAGUCAGAAGAUAAAUGCUGCUGUGAUGCUUCCCCAGACUUUUGUUGUUACCAAACCAAAUACAGAUAACAAAGUAGGCACUUCACAUAAUGCGGUACAGGGAAUUUUACCUCUUCUGCAGUUGGGUACACAAGAUGCAUCAAAAAAUGCUCAGCCAGUACUACAUUUGGCAGUACCCGUAGAACCUGGGAGUGUGACGCAGCCAGCAUCCUGUCCCACAACCUCAGUGUCCACAACUGCACCACCUACAGAGACUUUAGACAAGGAGAGCACUCGAAAACGCAAGCACAAACCCACAAUGAAAGCACAAGCCUUGAUGGACAAUCAAAGAACCAAGCUCUCCAAGAAACAGGCAGCUAAAAAGCAACAAAGUAGUAGUGUAACCCAGGCAGUGGCUGUACUACCACAAACUACAGCCUGGAUUCUCACCCCUACUGGGUUAAUGCCUGUUACAGGAAUUCAGCUACAAGCUCCUGGCAUCCCUGGUCAUCAAAACCAGGUGAUGCCAAACAAUGUUCAGAUGGUAUUUCAACCACCUGUCAUAGUCAACCAGAGUAAUUGUAUCGGACCUACCAAUGUCAUGACACCAAGCAAUCCAACACCUGAUUUACCUGGAAAUACUAAAAUAUCUUUGACUGCUGGAUCAAAUCUUGGUCAGAACCAUAGGCCUUCCUCUGUCUCAGACAACCAUGUUGUUUUGUCACUUCCCUCUUCUAAUUUCCCCAGUGUCACUUCAGCUGCUGUCACAAAUAUGCCUCAAGUUUUACUGGACACAAAUUUACCAACAUCCACUACAGGAUCUGCAAUCCAAGUUCCUUCUUCUAAAACUGCAUUUAAUCAAAACAACUCUGUGACUCCCAAGAAUUCCAUGUCUUCCCCAGUUCCUGUUUCAUCCUCCCCCAUAGGAACUAGUCAAAACCUUACAGCAUCUUGUAUUUUAGAUGCAACCAAGAAUGUUCCCAAUGUCUCUUCAGUGUCUGCUGUCACAAGCACACCUUCUAUCCCUUCUGUCCAUCCGUUGAACAUUUCUGGUCCUUGUACUAAUCCAAGUCCUCAAACCCAAAGAAUGCUGCAUCCUGUUCCUCAGGUGGUAUUUCCGCAACCAAUCAUGGUAAGCCAAAAUGGCUCUUUGGCGCUAAUCAACACUGCAGUACCCUGCCAACCUAAUGUUCCUCCAGCUGCUGCUGCCAAUGUUUCUAGGCCUCCAACUGACUCUACAGCACCUACAAUCAAUAAGGGCCUACCGGGGUCUUCUACUGAGGGUUCUUUGUCACUCAUCAAUGCUGCAGGACCCUGCCUAAUUAAAAAUGCCCCUCCACCUGCUACUGGAAAUGUUAGUAGAGUUCCACCUAACUCUGCAGCACCUAAUAUCAAUAAGAGCCUACUAACAUCUUCUACAGAGGGCCAUUGUAUAUCUCCAGCCAUUUCUAUGAUCCCCACUUCUGCACCUCCUUCUACUUCGAAUGUAACAUCACGCGCAACUCCACAGUCCAGUUCUGUGAACAGUCCUGUUACAGUCAAUGUAAAUGGCCUUCCAACAGAUCCCUUGUGUGUUAAUCCACCUAGAAGUUCUGUGACCACUAGUUGUCAAAUUUUGCCUCAAACUGUGGUGCAGCAGGUGGCCCCCCAAGACAGGAAUCAAACUGUUCAGAAAGCAGCUACCACAUCUAACCCUAGACCAAAACAAAUGACUUUUGACCCGAGCUUGAUGUUCUUCGAGCAACCAGCGGAUGUGAAAAAAUGGAUGAAGGGGGUUGGUGGAAUUACUCUGCCUGGACUGGAAACCAAAAUGCCUUAUCUUCCCCCGUUUGUUAGCAGUAUCAAUACACUGACCAGUUUGCUCAAAGAAAGAGAUUCUUUGUUGAAGUCAGCAGUGCAGCUCCUGCCUGAAGAACACCGAGAUGACGGUGAGGAAGAAGCUAAGAUAGCUGCUGUCCGUAAGCUGGUGUCUGAAAGGUUUAAAAACAACCAAGCAUAUUUGCUUCUCAAGGCUCGCUUCUUGUCAUGCUUUACCUUACCUGCCCUCUUGGCCACUAUAAAGCCAUGUGCACAACCAGCAGAUGCUCUGGAUCAGGAAGACAGUAUGGACAAAGCAAAGUCAGAAUAGUUUGGAGAUGAUCAAUUCAAACCAUUUGAGUUUUGUAUGGUCAUGAAAUGGUUGCAAAGAUCCUGCAAUUUUGCCCGUUCUUGUCAUUUUAUUGUAUUAAUGUUUAGGGGUCUCUGCUCAACAUGAGAAAAUGAAUUAACAGCAACACUGUUUCCUGGGAGCGAGCGAAGAAAGCAAACUGACAGUUCUAUAAGUGCAUAUUGUAUUAGUAAAAAAAAUAUUUCUGUAAUUGUGUGUGUAUAUAUAAUGACCAUAUACAAAACCAGUUAAUGUUGAAAAUAUCUAAUGUAUUAUGAUUUUGUUCACAGAGAAAUAAGACUGAG